AUGAUAUCCCGUCAUUUGUCGAGGAUUUUCAGGACUGCAACUUCUCCAAAUUUCAUUGUUCCCACGCGGAAAUAUGCAAGCCAAACGAAAGUUCCACUUUCCAACCUUGAACCUGACAAAUUCAUAAAUUAUGAAAAACUCGAGAGUAAUCUGGCUAUAGCUUGGUCGACCCUUGACAUUUUCGGAAAAGAUC